AUGGCGUCCGGCUACGAUCGAGCUCUUUCAGUUUUCAGUCCUGAUGGACACGUCUUCCAGGUCGAGUAUGCGCUGGAAGCUGUGAAGCGAGGAACGUGUGCGGUGGGCGUAAAGGGCGGAGACAUUGUAGUACUUGGGUGCGAAAAGCGAUCAGCGAUGAAGCUCCAGGACACGCGAAUCACUCCAUCGAAGAUCUGCCUCGUUGAUACCCACGUCGCCCUCGCUUUCGCCGGACUAAACGCCGAUGCCCGCAUCCUGGUAGACAAGGCACGCCUUGAAGCACAAUCACAUCGCCUCACAGUCGAAGACCCGGUAUCGAUAGAGUACAUUACGAAGUACGUUGCCGGUGUGCAGCAGAGAUACACUCAGAGUGGUGGUGUCCGACCGUUUGGCAUCAGCACGCUGAUAGUUGGAUUCGACCCUAACGACAAGACCCCGCGCUUAUACCAGACUGAGCCUUCUGGCAUCUACUCGGCAUGGAAAGCGAACGCGAUUGGCCGAUCGAGCAAGACAGUCCGCGAGUUUCUCGAGCGUAAUCACAAGGAGGGUAUGGACCGGGAAGAGACGAUCAAGCUGACGGUGAAGUCACUACUCGAGGUUGUGCAGACGGGCGCGAAGAACAUCGAGAUCGCCGUCAUGGCGCCAGGCAAGCCCAUCGAAAUGCUGCCUGUGGAGGAUAUUGAGAAGUACGUGGAGAACAUCAAUACAGAGAAGCAAGAAGAGGCAGCGAGCAGGAGGCCUGGAAGGACACCCGGCACGGGCACCGCGGCCAUUCUCACGCGCCCUGCCCCAACCGAGGGCUCGGGCUCAGGAGCGUAG